GCCAGCCGACCUUGGUUCUUGGGGACACUUUGCAGAUAUCUCUUCCAAGACAGGCAGGCAUACCGUUUGUUUCACGCCUACGAACUCUUGUCUCGCUCAAACUCACCUCACCUCACCUCGCCUCAAAACACAACAUAAUGGACGGCCAAGCCCCGGUCUGGUACUUUGCUUAUGGCUCCAACCUGAGCCCGUCCGUUAUGGCCCGCCGCGGGAUAACGCCGCUGGAUGCCCGCUGCGUCCGGGUGAGCUCCCACAUGCUGAUUUUUGACGUCUUCGGGGUCCCCUACUCGGAGCCCGCCAUGGCAGGAAUCCGAGAGAAGCCGGCCGGAUGCGACACGCCGGCCGUCCACGGAGUCGCCUAUCUCAUCUCGGCAUCCGACUACCAACUACUCAGGGUGACCGAGGGCGCCGGCACCGGUUACCGGGACGUCGAGCUGGAGGCCGACAGUGUUUCGCUCCCUCCAGCCUCACACACAGCAUCCACAACCUUUGAUGGCGGCAGGCUCUCUGUGGCGACUCUCGUGGCCAAGAACCCCUUUGACCCCCCGCGGCUGCCCAGCCGGCGCUAUAUGGAUCUGAUCGUGGGGGGCGCCGAGCAAAGCGGGUUGCCGGGCGACUACGUCGAGUAUCUGCGCGGCCUGCCGGCCUACCAGCGGCCGGUUCUCGGCUGGCUGCACGAGCUGCUCGCCAUCCGCGCGUUUCUCGCCUUCUGGAUCCCGAUCUUGACGUUUGUCAUGAAUCGCGCCAAGGCUGCUCGGGCUCCGUCCUCGUUCUCGUCGCCAAUUUGGACCGCGGCCGUCGUCAAUGUGCUGUUCAGGUCCAUGUGGCUGUACCAUGAUGCCAUCCACCGGCGGGUCUUUAAGUGCGACGGCGGAGCAGUAUGAUGAGGCGGGGGCUGGGGUAAUUUGCUUUUGUCCGGUGCAUCUCGCGAGCAUCUAGGCUAGAUAGUUGCUCCGCCAGUAAUAUUACUAUGAGACGGAACAUUCUGUUGCAUCUGCACUUCAGUCC